UCUUCGUGUAGCUUUUGACAGGCCGGGAAAAAAGAUGGGGUUGGGUAUUCGUGCUUUGAUCAUGGUGUCCAUGACCAUAUUUGCUCUCACGUCAGUGGCAAAUGCUGCAGAGGGGACGGCUACUUUCUACACUCCUUAUGUUCCCUCUUCGUGCUACGGAUAUCAAAACAAUGGUGUCAUGGUAGCUGCUGCAAGCGAUGCAAUAUGGGAGAAUCGGACAGCCUGUGGGAGAAGUUAUAGAGUCAGAUGCACGGAAGCAACAAAUCAAAGUGUAUCACAUCAUUGCAAGGGUACAAGCAUUGUGGUUAAAAUAGUCGAUUAUUGUCCAACAGGAUGUCAGGCAACCAUCGAUCUCUUUCAAGAAGCUUUCUCUGCAAUAGCUAAUCCUGAUGCUGGAAAAAUCAAUAUUGAGUAUACUCUUGAGUAAGUGGCCUCCAUGCAAUUGCACAUUAAUUUAAUGUUUUUCUGUUGGUUAACGUGCAUUAUAAAGAAUAAUGAUAUAUAUAUGUCUUUAAAAUUUUUUUAAAAAAAGGUACGGAAACUUAGUACAACAACUUCAAAAAAAAAAGGAGCUGUUAACAUUGCAACGAACGGGGAAAAUAACUGGUCGAUCGCAGUAUGUAGCCUUUUGCGACUGAAAUGAAUUGGUCUUCAUAUUAGACGUUAGUCGGGAAAAAAGUAAUGCGGUAAAAUAAACAGUCAUUGUUUCUUUUUGCAGCGAUGAUAGGUCAAUUGCGAUGAGCAGCAUCUGUUGCAAAUACUUAUACCCCAUUAUUGACGACUAAAAUCCGUAAUACAGAACAAAUAUUUGAAUCUACAGUAUAAUGAUCGUUUUCCUUUUUAAACGUUAUUCUUCAAAAUUCGAAAUUGGAGUCUAGUGUUUAGAUUUGGU